AUGGAUAAACGGCCCUGUGGACUCUCAUUGAACCGAUUCAGUGAAGCAACAAACAGCGGAACACCAUCAGUGAUGAAAGACUUCAUGAUGCCAGACAGUAACUUUCUGGGCUGGGGUUUGCAUGAACCGACGGCGGCUUGGCCCAAACUUGGCGAGUUGGUUCGCACAAGUCCCUACUUUCAUGAGCUAAUGAUGCGCUACAUGCGUUACAUGGAUUGGACCAAUUCGUGUCAGCCCGCGAGCGAUCGAACUCCGGUUGUACCGGGGUUAGGCAAUGCACCUGUUCUGUCUGGGCGUUCAAAUGGAUCCAGAUCGGAUGAACAGUCGCUCAAUGGAGAUUAUGAUAUUCCCAUUUACUCAAAUCCAAAUCAAACGAAUACUGGAUCGAACUCGGACUCGAAUGCAACGGAUUCGGCUUCACAAGACUGCACAGAUCACGGGAAUCAGACCAACAGUCAAUGCAGUUUGGAAUUGAACACGACCAAAUCAUUAGUUGGUUCCAAACGACGAUCCUGUUAUCCAGCUGUUAGCCCCGAGGAGGAAGACCUAAAUGAUACUACCAAACGUUAUCGAACCAGUUACACUCAACAACAAAUACAGGUACUGGAAAAUACGUAUCAACUGGAACGAUAUAUCAGUCGACCUCAACGAACCAAAUUGGCACAAGAACUGAAACUACCGGAAAAUACAAUCAAAGUCUGGUUUCAGAAUCGUCGAAUGAAAGAGAAACGUCAAGCCCUCAUGCUUCCCACAAUUGCUGGAAAGGAUCCCUACCUACGCGANNCGCGAGACAUUGCUUCGCGUGACACAACUGUACUACGCGACAAGAUACGGGAGCGAUCCGGACCACGAAAUUCUCGAUCAUCACCACCACCACACACGAAGCGGUUGUCCCAAGACACAAGUGUUGGAACCGAUCGGCACUCCGAAAAUUGGCUCAACCUUAUUCCCGACUUGUAA